AUGUGCUGUAAAAUUUCAAAUUCAUCAUCAAGUAUUUCAUCGAAUUAUGUUUGUGCUACCAUCAAUGAUCACUGCAACUCACUCACUCAAGCUUGGGACAAUACUCGUUUAGUGUGUGUGGACAAACUUCCGACCAAUUCUGGACUGGACGCAGGAACCAUCGCAGGUAUUGUCGUUGGAUGUUGUGUUGGAGUUUGUCUUAUUUGUUGUGCCACCUUGUUGGCAAUUCGUUACGUCAAGAAAGGAAAAUCAGACACUUUUGAAGAGCGACAAAUUGGGAACUUGUGUGCCGUUGGUAUUGAAAUUAUUAGUGAUUGUUUGCACAAGGCUUUAGAUCUGUAUUCCAUGUAA